AUGGCGGACGUGGACCCGGCGGUCCUCAAGCGGCGCCAGUACCUCCGCAUCAAGCAGAUGCAUUACCGCAGCAAGAUUGCAGGCGAGAUCACGGCGCUCAAGGCCGAGGUCGACGUGCUCCAGAAACAGCUCGCGCGACAGCUGCUGUCGCCCACGUCGCGGGCGCUGCCAUGGGCCGAGAUCGCGACCGCGCUCGACGUCGACAACAAGGAGAAGCUCAAGAAGCGCAAGAUGCUGCAGCUCCAGCACGCCUCGUACUUGCGCCUCGUAGGCAACAUGCGUGCCUGGGUGACCCGCGUCUUGCCGGUACGCCAUACGACGACGUCUGUCCUGUCCUCAUACACGAAGCAGCGAGCGCCGGUGGACCCGCCAUGGCGGCGCACGUACCUGCCGUUGGACGCCAACACGCGCAAGCUCGCCAUCGACUGGCUCACGCAGCUGCUACUGCACAACACGGACAACAUGCUGGCCAAGUACGAGUUUGACGCACUCGAUCCACACGCGUACUCGAUCGACUUUGCCAUGAGCCUCUCGCCCAACGACCUCUUCGAGUACGUCUGGCGCACGCAAAAGGAGCUGCCAUUGCCCAUGGAAGUGGUCUCUGCGGCGCUGCGGCGAUGGAUGCAGCAGUACACGACCGGGUCGGUCUGGACCGACGUCCAGUCGUCCGAAUUACUGCAGGACGACGCCCUCGAGACCGUACAGGGCGCCACGUAUGCGCACACAGUGCGCGAGAAUCCGACCGAGACGGUCAAUUUCCUCACGCGCGAGUUUCAGCCGCAUGCAGACCGCGUCGUGUUUGUCGGUCAAAACAUCCACCACGACGAACGCGUCUCGUCCAGCGUCCACCGCCGCAACCGCAUGUUCUGGUACGUCGUGGACCGCGUUGGCCCCACUACAACCCGGUUUCGGAACCUCGACGUCCUGUCCCACUUCUUCACCGACCACGGCCCCGUGUCACUCGACGUCGAAGCCAACCUCAUGGGCUUCACAACAGCAGCGUCCUUGUCCGAGAUGGACAUGCUCGCAGCUUACACGCGCCAUGCGACGGCCGUGUACCGCUGCGUGGGCCAACGCUCGGACGAGACGCUCUUUGCGCUCCUGGAUGGUUGCACUCCACCGUGACGUCGAUCGCACGAGCUUCGUAUAUUUAAGUCCAUUCAAACGAGCAACAAUCUGGCAAAGGCUG